GAAAGGCUCCUGAUGCCUCUUUCCUGGGAGUGAUUCCACGGCAAAUCCUUCCCAUCCCAAGCAUCCAGGAGAAGCAGGCCACCGCCAUGUCCCACCCCAGGCUGCUGCUGCUCCUCGUCCUGCUCGGAGCUGCCGGGACCGGCCGGGCCCUGAGCCUCUCCAGCGCCGCCUCCAUCUACAGCUGCCUCAACGCCGCCCUGUCGGGAGCGCAGGGGAUCCUUCCCGAGGAGAACGCCGUCCUGGACAAGCGCGGCUCCGAGUCGCCGUCCCUGGAGGAGGCGUCCGAGGAGGACGCGGCGGAGGAAGAGCUGGGGAAAAGGACAUUCCCGGGGGACAGCCACUUCAAACACGCGUCCCCGGCGCCGGCGAAGGGCAAGACCUACCAGAACCGGGCCAAGAGCGACCGGCGCACCAAGGUCACGCUGUCCCUCGACGUCCCCACCAACAUCAUGAACAUCCUCUUCAACAUCGCCAAGGCCAAGAACUUGCGGGCCAAGGCGGCGGCCAACGCCCACCUCAUGGCCCAGAUCGGGCGGAGGAAGUGACUGGGCCACCGCCGGAGGGGACUCGUGGCCGGGUGUGACAUCGGCGCUGUCUGGUUUUGACCCAUCGAGCGGCCUCACAUCCAUAUUCCUUCUCCUCCCCUUGUCUCCUCCCCGCUCGCCUCCGCCAUUCCUUCCGGACAUUUCCACGCGCAGGGAAGAGGUCCCCGUCCCCGGCAGGGCGCGGGGGACGCGUCACCCGGGAAGGUUCCUGAUUAAAGUUGCGAUCUCUGGA